CCUUGUGAUAAUGAUCCACCAUAGAUAUCAAAACACCUAGGGUUUAUAUCUAUAAACAUCGACGGCACAUACAUUGACGACGAAGAAGAAGAAGCAGCAAUGGUGAAGUACUCGCAAGAGCCCGAUAAUCCGACAAAAUCCUGCAAAGCCAGGGGUUCUGAUCUGAGAUGCCAUUUCAAGAAUACGAGAGAAACAGCGCAUGCUAUCAGAAAGUUGCCUUUGAUCAAGGCAAAAAGAUAUUUGGAGGACGUUCUGGCCCACAAACAGGCUAUACCGUUCACUCGUUUUUGUAGGGGUGUUGGGCGUACAGCUCAGGCAAAAAACCGACACUCUAAUGGUCAGGGUCGGUGGCCUGCCAAGUCAGCAAAAUUUAUUUUGGAUUUACUCAAAAAUGCUGAAAGCAAUGCUGAGGUUAAAGGCUUGGAUGUUGAUGCACUUUUCAUUUCACACAUUCAAGUGAACCAAGCUCAAAAGCAAAGGCGUAGAACAUACCGAGCUCAUGGAAGAAUUAAUCCUUAUAUGUCAUCUCCGUGUCAUAUUGAGCUGACUUUAUCCGAAAAGGAAGAGCCUGUGAAAAAAGAGGCGGAAUCACAACUGGCAAAGUCGAAGUAGUCUCAGACUUAAUCUAUGGCUUAUUUAUUUAAUUUUAACCAAAAAAACCUUUCAAAACUAUUCUCAGGGUUAAUUUUGUCGUUUUUGGCUUCUACUUGUGAACACAAAUUUUGUUGGAGACUUUUGUAUUGGUGCCUAAUAUAUUUGUUUUUGGAUGUUUUC